GAUGAAUGAGUAAAAAAACACAGCGACGUGGAUAAUCGACAAAAGCUGAGUAUUAAACCGUCAGCAGUUCUCUUGAAUAAUCUGUCAAUAUCAAGCGUUCAAGACGGACGGCGCACAGGAGCACAGAGGGAGAACCCGCGCGAACAUGAGGGAACGGGACUUUAUGCCAAACAUGGAACGGGGCAAACCGGCCACAUACACGGGCGACAAAAAAGCUAAAAUGGCUGCUAAAACCAAUAAAAAGUGGGUGAGACUGGCUACUGUAUUCGCAUAUGUCUUGUCGGUGUCUUUGGCCGCUAUUAUACUGGCAAUUUAUUACAGUUUGAUAUGGAAACCGUCGUCUGCAUCUGUGUCUGGACGGUCAGAUGUAUUGGUGACGGCUGCAAUUAUACCUAUAAACACAAAUAACAUCACAACAAGUGAUGUACCAACUACAAACAAUAUGAAUAAAACACCACCGGUCAGCCUGAGAUCGACACAGACCCCCACAUAUGCCCACUCCACUUCUUCACAGAGACACAGCGGUGAUAACAACGGUCACGAAGGCCUUCUCAAUAUCCCCACAACAAAAACAAAGAAUACUGACCAAACAGGAACAUUUGACUCUGUGCACAUUCACGACAAACUAGGACGUUUCAGUACAGCAGAAGUUAGCCAUGUGUCCGAAACUAGUAUUCUUGUAGCAGGUGCAUCAAGUGAACCUCCUUUGGCCCAUGGAGCCAAAUCUUCUAAUAACCAAAAUGUCUACAGCAGUUCUGGGGUCGGUGCCACUGAGAAUCUGCCGAACAUGUGGGAUUCAGCCUCUCCCAUAACUGACCAAGCAUCUUGGACAAGCUACAGUGCAAGCCCUGACAUCUUCUCUUUGACAGAACGUGGUCUGGAAUUAAUAGAGGGCUCAUCUCCAUUGCAAGAGGAGUUGGUUACCAAGGACACCGAGAAUGCAGCAAGUGGAGUGUGACACCAGAUUAUUUGCGUGGCAUGUAAUUAUAUGAUAUUAACUGUGAUGACUGUGCAGUGAGAGAAGAGAAAUAACAACUGCGAAUGUGAGAGAAGUCGUCAAACAGUUUAUAUUAAUUUUGUUGCUAUUUCAAGGACAGAAACUGUGUUGACCUACCUGCUUUGAAAAGGUUGUUGUU